ACUGCAACUACUACUGUGAACACUGAGAUAGCUCCUUCGAAUUACAGGGGCUCUAUUUUCCCAACUUUUCAUAAGUAUAGGUAAAGACGAAAUGGGGAGAACUUUAAUAAAUUUAACACUUUAAAUGCUGCUAAUAAUGUUUCUUUCUCUACUGCCCCCCAAUUGCAAAACAGUACUAAGGUAAGCCCCUCAGUUGAAACUCAGACAGAAAAACCAGACCCCUGCUUUAAACAAAAUAAAACUACUUGUGGUCUCUCUAUGCAAAGUCCCUGCACUUCUCCUGACACCCCCAUCAUUUCUCUUACCCCCCUUAUUACUGACUCUUGCAGUAGUUACGUGGAAACCUCUCCAAGUACUCUCACUACAAAGUCCCCUAGUUUAGUAAAUAUUGCUCUCUUCCUUAGGGCUCCAUUGGCUUCCACUUCACUAUCUAUCCCUCUACAAACUGACAAAAUUUCCCACAUGGCAGAACACGUGGAAGCCCCUGAUCAUAUGCAUGAUAUACAAAAUCCUACUUCAGAUAUCACACUACGUUCUAAUGAUUAUACUCACACUGAAUCUAUACUUAUAUUAAAUGCUCAACCAUCCCAGCAAGCUAUCUUCUCUUCCACCUCGGAGAUAAAUAAGAUCUCCUCUUUAAAAAAUGAACAGAGUUCAUUUCCUUCCUUUUCACCAAAAAGUCAAAUUGUACCCUUUAGCUCGUCCGUUCAUACACACUCCAAUAGACCCACCACCCUAAAUACCUCCGCAUGCAACAACUCAUCCUCUAGUGUAUGCUACACAACCUGUCUAUCCACUCUAUCAACCAUUGACUGAUCGAGAAGGCACUUCAAGGGCAUGCAGUGCUAUUCUCGAUGGAAAUCAAUGGUGUGGAAACCUUUGUGAUCCUUCAAAACCAGAACUUCCUAGCCCAACUAGUCUCGGAGGGCAUGAAAAAAUGAGUAUUUUGUGAAUCAGAUGUGGCUAUCGAACAUUAUGGACCCUUGGUGCAAUCCACAGCCCCGCAGUUUAUCCAUACUCUUCAAUCUCUCUGGAUCCUUCCACUUCUGCUGAACCAGUUCUUCAAUAUGAAUGAUGUUGCACUAAAUCCGUUCUUCACCCCUCAAGAGAUAGUCAAUACCAAUCCACUCCUUUUUCUAUGGAAUCUAAUUCCACUCCAUCGCGGCCAGUUUGUGAAUCUCCACACAUCCAUUUUGCCGGGGUUAGGCGACCUAGGGGUUAUUCCAGAGAGGAUGGCUUCAUUCACAAAAGUCUCAAGUUUAAAAAGCGCAGAUCUCAUGAUCUUUCUGAAAGCCGAGGACAAGAAGUAUAUUCAUCUGUGCCUAGUGUCCCUUCUGAAGAGUUCAUUCGACCUACGACUAGCCAUCAACAGUGUGCUAGCGAAGUACGCGGUUGUGAUGACCCCGACACUUCGAUGUACCCAAUUUUCUUCCUCAGGCGAUAGUUCUCAAUCGUCCCUCAAUUAUUUCUCUCCAAUGAAUCAAGCUACUUGUUUUAUUGUCUGGAACACUCGUGGGGUUAACAAUAAGAACUUUAGGAGGAACUUCUGUGAUCUUCUCAAUUCCCAUAAUCCGUGCUUUGUUUCUUUAUUGGAAACAAAGUUGUCUGACCACUUAGGUCUCAUGCAUGAGUUCGGCUUUGAUAAUUACUGGGAAGUACCCACAGUUGGUAACUCGGGAGGUUCGGGAGGUAUAGUCUUGCUCUGGCAUGAAAACUUCGUUAGUGUCACUCAGAAACGUCAAACCAUACAGGAGCUUCAUGCCAUGAUUAAGGUUAAUGUUGAGGAACAUGGGGAAUCCAGUGGUGCAACAUAACUUUCGGGAAGCAAACAAAGUAGCUGACUGUUUAGCAAAACUAGGUGCCAACUUAAAUCUGCCUGGAACUGUAAUCUCUCUCCGUUCUCCGCCUCUUGCUGCUGCUACUCAUCUGGCCGACGACGUUGAGGGCAUUGUUAGUACUCGUUUAGUGACCUUGGUCUAUGUUUAAUAAUCUGUUAUGUGUAGGGAAUCCGUCCGUAUCUUCAUAUGUAAAUAGUAAUGCUAAGCCUACUGGUAUUAAUGUUUCUGGUUGUACCUAUGCUACUGUAAGGGCCUCUGAUAAGAGUACCCCUUUGCUCUGUACUGCUUAAGUUAUAUAUAAUAUGUUCCUAUUCACCAAAAAAAAA